AUGGAGACCACUCCGCCGCCGCCGCAGCGGCCUCACACACCGCCUACACCUCUCCACGGACCGAAAUACGACAGCUAUGAGCCAUAUUCGCCGCGCCGCUCCAGUCGCGUAGCUAGCCAGCGCAAAGACUAUCAUCAUUCACAGCAACUUAUCACCACUCCUCCAUCUGAGAAACGUACUGCCAAAAGAACUAUUCGCGCUAGCACACCGACAGGACUUCCGCAGAGCUCGCAGAACCUCUCUCCUCCAUCAUCACCCACCUCCCCCAUACCCCAACUCUCAGUACGCAAGCCCACGUUUAUCGGUCGGAAAGGAGCUCAUCACACCCGACUUGACGGCCUGACUGACAAGUCAGAUCUGACUGCACACGAGGGACCCUCGAAGGGCGUUGCAAUCAACGCUUUCGGUAUGCUUCCUACACCUGCGAAAACACCGCGCAAACGCGCCCCACAACCGCAGGCAUCUCUCAAAGGUACUGCAAGAGUGCUCUUCGGCGAUCGCCCUGCCACUAUCGAGGACGCCAUGCCCACCCCAAAGAAGAAAAGCCGAGGAAAGAACGCACUGUCUCUUGGUAGCUUCGAAGAGCUCGAGGGCAAUGAAGAUUCUAGCAGCAUUACCAUCUACACAGAUUCUAAAGAACGUUUUCCAGAGGAAGAUGUGGCAGAGGACAAUCCUUUCAUGACGCGUACACGCACGAACGGUACCGCGAGAAUCCAGACUCGCUCAGAGAAGGCCAAGGGGCCCAAGACCAAGGAAAGAGAAGAGAUGGAGAGGACAGUAGCAGAUGGUGAAGGUCUUAUCUACGUAUUUCGUGGCAAGAGUGUCUUCCGCGCAUUCGACGAAUCUAACGCAGAUGAUGAGCCUAUAACCUCAAGUGAUACGGAAGCGUGCCGUCAAGCUGGCGCUACGAAGCGUAUUGCUCGGUCGUCCAUCAGGCCACGCCUUCUCUUCCCAACUGACGAAGAACGCCGCGCUCGCGCCGCCGCCGCAAAUGCCGCAGACGAAGAAGCUGUCACCGAUAUCGAAGACGACGAAGCGGAGCACGACGAGCCUGCCGCAGUCAUGACACCGAUCAAAAACAAGUUUACCGCUCUCCCGACUCCCCGCUCAAGCCGUCGCAAAGAGAAGAAGGCACCUCCUGUCACUUUUGAGGAGCCUACUCAAGCAUACCCUGAUCGUUUCGAAGAUAGCGACGUCAACGACAAAGCAGCACGCGUAUCGGCUUCCAAUUCGACAAAGGCUAGCCCCUUUGACAGCUGGCGUCGCAGCAAGUCCGGAUCACGCUCGCCUUUGUUGGGAAGGAAGGGCAAACGUGCAGGCGAACCGAUCAACGGCGAAGCAUCAAAGCGGACCCGGAGCGCUUCUCAGCAAAACUAG